AUGAAGCUAGAAACUGCAGGUGAUUUGGGAAGAAAAGGCAAAAAAGAAGAGAGUGGGUCGAAGAAAAGAAGAAAGAGGUCGGAAGAGGAAGAAUCCAUUAAUGAAGAUGAUAUUCAGAAGCCAAGAGGUGUUGUUCAUGUUCGAGCUAAGAGGGGUCAAGCUACUGAUAGCCACAGUUUGGCUGAAAGGGUACGACGAGAGAAGAUAAAUGAAAGGCUGAAGUGCUUACAAGACCUUGUUCCCGGCUGCUACAAGACAAUGGGUAUGGCAGUGAUGCUUGAAGUCAUCAUAGAUUAUGUUCGAUCGCUGCAGAAUCAAAUCGAGUUUUUGUCCAUGAAACUCUCAGCGGCAAGUGCGUUUUAUGACCUUAAUUCUUUGGAUAUUGAGCCAAUGGAUAUACUUCAAGGAGGGAAUAUGUAUACUGCUGAAGAGAUGGAAAGGAUCUUAAGAGAAAGUCUAGGAACACAGCCUCCGAAUUUCAGUUCAACAUUUCCCUUUUGA